GAUGCACUGAGCUGUGGGUCUAAUGCCGUAAACAAGAUUUUCACGGACAUAUCUGUCGAGAGCCACUCUUUUUGGUCUAGCUAAUGUUUGCGAAACAACAAAAUGCAAACGCUCCGGGAGGAAAAGGGUCCUCCUCUUCCUCUGUCGUCUCUGCGUCUUUUUGUUCCUCCGCUGCGGCUGGUGUGUGCUGCUCUGUGGCAGGUUGUAGAGCGGAGAGACGUCAUGGACUAUGGGCUGCUGGAAGAGUUUGCCACCAGCGUGUUGGAAAUAGUCCCUGAUCUGAUGACUUACAGAGAGAGGGUCCAACUCCUCAUGGGACUGAGAGCACGGCUGGUUCUGGAGUUGUGUCGCUGUGAUGAUGAGUUGUGUCGCCCUGACACCGUCCAGCCACACCUGAACAGGAUAAGGAACUGUGUCUCCAAUCAGAAGGGAGAGGUUUCAGAUCCAAAGGUGGAAGCAUCAGAGGCCAGCUUCAUGAAGCUGAUUGAAACCCUGCUGGAGCAGCCAGAGGAGAGGGAACUCUUCUUCCAGAAUGUUUUUCCAGAGGAGUAUGGCCCCAAGUAUGACUCAACACUGCAGAUUCUUAUGUGGGAGUUCCUGUCCAGACUGGAGAAACUGAUUCCUGCUCCAAACCUUAAACAGACUGCAUCGUGGCUUAGCCUUGCCCCUGCUCUCUUAGAGGAGUGUGUGCAGUCUGUGGCUCACCCUGAGCCAUUACAGGCAGUCCUCCGUCACCAUAAAAAUGGACAUCACUUAGACACCAAUGCUCUAAGGUCCACUGGUGGUGACUACAUCCUCUCUUCACUGUCUUUCCCUUCCUCUGUGAAGGAAGAAAUUGCCUCUUACCAAGCAGGCCCAGAGAAACCGUCCUAUCCCACCAUGCAGGGAUAUCAAACCCUUUUCCCAUGUGAUGAACCAGGGAUGAGCUGGGACUGCAGAAUGGCAGAUUGUAGGGUCUGGACUGUAAAUCAACCAGCUGUUUCUGCUUCUGUGGAGGUAGAGGUCAAGACUAUAGAGGAUGCCACUGAGAUAACCGUUAAACGCAAGACAAUAAACAAAGAGAUGAUCAAAGAGACCAGGAGAGAUAAAGCUGUUCUCUGCCCUCAGACCCGCAGCGGGCUGAAAACCAGCCGCUUGACCGCUUCCUGUCUGCGCCGUCAACCCGUACUGCGGUUGAACAGGCUUGACAUUAGCAAUAUGCCGUUACCCAAGUCCUUGCUAACACUGAUUCUAAGGAGAGGGAGACUGCAGGCUGAGACAAGACGCCCAGGACCGAAAGGAAUUGACAGAAAGAAAAAACGGAGAAGAGGUCGUGGUAUUACAAAUGAGAAGAUUGAAAUGCACACACUUGACAUAAGCGAUAUGCCGCUACCCAAAUCAGCGCUAACACUGACGCUAAAGAGAGGGGUACUGCUGGAUGAGCCGACGAGUUCCCAAGUACAGAAAAAAAGAGGCAGAAAGAAAGGAAAGAAAAUAGGACCUGGUACCACCAGAUUAAAGAUCGAGAAGAUUGGAGCACACACGCUUGACAUUAGCGAUAUGCCAUUACCCAAGCCCUCACUAAAACUGAUUAUAAGGAGAGGGAAACUGCCGGCGGAGGCAACGGGUUCUCAAGGGGGGAAAAAAAGGGGCAGAAAGAAAAAAUGGAGAAGAGGAUGUGGUGUCAAAAAUGAGGGUGUGAAAAGAGAGCGGUCACCUGAAACUGAGGAAGAAGCUGAACCAUCAGAUAAUGAACUUUGGACCACUGUCAAUACAGGGGUCACUCUCAAUGAAAGGGCCACUGACGAUGAAUCUGGUGGAGUCCAUGCUUCUCUUCAUUGCCCAUCAUCUCAUAAGAGGGAGGAGGAACAGCCCAUACAGACCUUUCACUCAGAGGAGCACAGUGGUCAUAUGGCCGAAGGGCAGAACAGAGAAGAACUCCCAGAGAUGGUACCUCAGGACUCACUAACUCCUGAGCCAUCCAACACCUCUCACAAAAUUCACUCAGAGGAGCACAGUGUUCAGAUGGCCGAAGCGCAGAACAGAGAAGAACUCCCAGAGAUGGUACCUCAGGACUCACUAACACCUGAGCCACCCAACACCUCUCACAAAAUUCACUCAGAGGAGCACAGUGUUCAGUUGGCCGAAGCGCAGAACAGAGAAGAACUCCCAGAGAUGGUACCUCAAGACUCACUAACACCUGAGCCACCCAACACCUCUCACAAAAUUAACUCAGAGGAGCACAGUGUUCAGUUGGCCGAAGCGCAGAACAGAGAAGAACUCCCAGAGAUGGUACCUCAAGACUCACUAACACCUGAGCCACCCAACACCUCUCACAAAAUUCACUCAGAGGAGCACAGUGUUCAGUUGGCCGAAGCGCAGAACAGAGAAGAACUCCCAGAGAUGGUACCUCAGGACUCACUAACACCUGAGCCACCCAACACCUCUCACAAAAUUAACUCAGAGGAGCACAGUGGUCAUAUGUUCGAAGCGCAGAACAGAGAAGAACUCCCAGAGAUGGUACCUCAGGAUUUACUAACUCCUGAGCCAUCCAACACCUCUCACAAAAUUCACUCAGAGGAGCACAGUGUUCAGAUGGCCGAAGCGCAGAACAGAGAAGAACUCUCAGAGAUGGUACCUCAGGACUCACUAACACCUGAGCCAUCCAACACCUCUCACAAAAUUAAUUCAGAUGAGCACAGUGGUCAUAUGGCCAAAGGGCAGAACGUAGAAAUUAUUUUAGAGAGUGUACCUAAUGAUUUACUAACUGAGAUUGUACUUCAGGACUCAUUAACUCCUGAGCCAUCCAACAGCUCGCACAAAAGAAGCCAACGCGUCAAAGCAUGCUCUUUCUGUGGCAAGACUUUCACUGACACACUGGGCUUGACAAGACACAUGCGAUCUCACAUUGAGCAGAGGUCACACCAAUGCACCCAGUGUGGGCAAGACUAUGAGUCCAGUGAGGACUUAGAGGAACAUCAGAAGAGUAGCUGUGAGGAGAAGAUAAAAAAAGACAGUGGUGGGGAAACUGUCCAGCAAAAAACAGAUCUGAAAAGAGACAAAAAACCUGAUCUGAAAGCAGACAAUAAACCUGACCUGAAAGGACAAACAAAAGGCCGCGCCAUAAAGUGCCAUGUGUGCGGGAAAAUAACUACUCGUAUGCUGGGUUUGCGAAGGCACCUUCUACUUCACUUCAACAAUGGCGCAUACAAAUGCCCUGUGUGUCCAACAACUUUUAUAACAAAUGCUGAUUUGAGAUCGCACCUGAGAUUGAAAAGAUCUUGUAGGGAGAAAUGUUCUGAUGAAGUAAUUAAUACCAAGGUCCAUCUCCAAUCCAACCCUGGUGAGUACAAGUGUCCUUACUGUGGGGACACUUUCCAGCUACCACAUGAUCUGAAAGGACACACAAAAGACUGUUCCAGAAAGUGUCAUGUGUGUGGGAAAACAACUUUGAAGCCAUGCGGCAUGCGAAGGCACAUGUUAAGACACACCAACAAUGGCCCCUACAAGUGCCCAGUGUGUCCAAGGACUUUUAUAUCCCAUACUGAUUUGAAGAUGCACCUGAAAAAAAAUAAACAAUGUAGGGAGAAAUGUUCUGAUGUGAUGGUGAAGGAAUUACUGUCAUCAAUAGAUGGUAGAUGUGGGAAAAAUGAAACAGGAGUCAUAAGCUGCCAACAACCAAGCUCCAGCAACGCAGGCGGGCCUUCGAAGAGUAUUGAAAAGUUAUUUGAACAGUUCUCUUAUGACUUUCAGCAAUCUGAUAACAGCAGGAGUAGUGACGUGAACCUGAAUAGCCUUGAUGAAGACUACAGUCAGUCUACAGUCAGUCAAUACCAACCCAUGAAGGAUGUUGACCUGAAUAUCCUCCAUGACGACUACAGUCAGGAGAUCAGUCAAAACCAACCCAUUACGGAUGUUGACUUGAAUUGCCUCCAUGAAGCCUCCAUGAUGACCACUGAAAACUACAGUGAUGAGAUCAGUCAAUACCAACCCAUGAAGGACGUUGACCCAGAGAAGGACAGAAAGUCUGUGAAUGAUUCAGGGGUAAAUGAGAUGCCCAAUGACAAAGAACCAAUCUCAACCAACGGCUUAACAGGGAAGCAGGUGUCCCAGACUGACCCAAGGCCUCUCCAGGAUUCUCAACCAGAGACGAGCGGAGAAGUGAAGACCGAGAUACAGAGCGGGAAACUGCAUGCUGAGGCCACGGGUUCCCACGGACAGAAAAGAAGAGGCAGAAAGAGAAAACAGAAAAGAGGACAUGGUGACAAAAAUGAGAAGACCGAAACAAAGGGUGUGAAAAGAGAGCGGUCACCUGAAACUGAGGAAGAUGCCAAACCGCCAGAUAAUAAACUUUGGACCACUGUCAUUAAAAGGACCACUGUCAGUGAUUCUGGUGGAGUCUCAGAGAGUGUACCUCAGGACUCAAUAACUCCUGAGCUAUCCAACACCACUCACAAAAGAAGCCAAAGAGUCAAAGCAUGCUCUUUCUGUCGCAAGACUUUCACUGAAACACUGGGCUUGACAAGACACAUGCGAUCUCACAUUGAGCAGAGGUCACACCAAUGCACCCAGUGUGGGCAAGACUUUGAAUUCAGUGAGGACUUAGAGGAACACCAGAAGAGUAGCUGUGAGGAGAACAAGAGUGGUGAUGACUACUGUGGGGAAACUGUCCAGCAAAAAAAUUAUCUGAAAAAAACACCUGAUCUGAAAAGAGACAAAAAGCCUGAUCUGAAAGGACACACAAAAGAUGGCUCCAUAAAGUGCCAUGUGUGCGGGAAAAUAACUACUCGUAUUGUAAGUUUGCAAAGGCACCUUCUACUUCACUUCAACAAUGGCGCAUACAAGUGCCCUGUGUGUCCAAAGACUUUUAUAUUAAAUUGUGAUUUGAGAUCGCACCUGAAAUUGAAAAGAUCAUGUGGGAAGAAAUGUUCUGAUAAAGUAAUUAUAACCAGGCUCCACCUCAAAUCCAACCCUGGAGAUUACAAGUGUCCUUACUGUGGGGACACUUUCCAGCUACCAUAUGAUCUGAAAGGACACACAAAAGACUGUUCCAGAAAGUCCCAUGUGUGUGGGAAAACAACUUCUCGAAUGAUGGAAAUGCGAAGGCACAUGUUAAAACACAAAAACAAUGGCCCCAUCAAGUGCCCAGUGUGCCCAAAGACUUUUGUAUACCAUACUAAUUUGAAGAAGCACCUGAAAACGAAAAAACUUUGUAGGGAGAAAUGUUCUGAUAAGAUGGUGAAGGACAAUGCUGAUUUGAAAUUGCCCCGAAGAUUGAAAAGGUCUUAUAGUAAGAAAUGUUCUGAUAAAGUAAUUACAACCAAGCUCCACCUCAAAUCUAACCCUGGGGAUUACAAGUGUCCUUACUGUGGGGACACAUUCCAGCUACCACGUGAUCUGAAAGGACACACAAAAGACUGUUCCAGAAAGUGCCAUGUGUGUGGGAAAAUAACUUCAACGGCACGUGGCAUGCGAAGGCACAUGUUAAGACACAACAACAAUGGCACCUACAAGUGCCCAGUGUGUCCAAGGACUUUUAUAUACCAUCCUGAUUUGAAGAAACACCUGAAACUGAAAAAACGUUGUAGAGCGAAAUGUUCUGAUGUGAUGAUGAAAGAAUUACUGUCUUCAGGAUAUGGUAGAUGUAGGAAAAUGUUAAAUGAAACCAGAGUCAUCACAAGCUGCCAACAACCAAACUCCAGCAACACAGGUGGGCCUUCAAAGAGCAUUGAAGAGCUCUCUCAUGACUCGCAGCAAUCCGAGAAUAGCAUGAGUAGUGAUAUGAACCUUAUUAGCCUCGAAGAAGACCACAGUGACGAGAUCAGUCAAUACCAACCCAUUAAGGACGUUGACUUGAAUAGACUCCAUGAAGACUUCAGUGACGAGAUCAGUCAAUACCAACCCAUUAAGGACAUUAACCAAUCCAACCCUGGUGAGUACAAGUGUCCUUACUGUGGGGACACUUUCCAGCUCCCAGAUGAUCUGAAAGGACACACAAAAGACUGUUCCAGAAAGUGCCAUGUGUGUGGGAAGAUAUCCUCAAAGGCAUGUGACAUGCGAAGGCACAUGUUAAAACAUGACAACAAUGGCCCCAUCAAGUGCCCGGUGUGUCCAAAGACGUUUAUAUUCCAUACUGAUUUGAAAACACACCUGAAAACGAAAAAACUUUGUAGGGAGAAAUAUUCUGAUGUGAUGGCGACGGAAUUACCUUCUUCAGUAGAUGGUAGAUGUAGGACAAAUGUCAAUGAAACAGGAGUUAUGACAAGGUGUGAACAACCAAGCUCCAGCAACACAGGUGGGCCUUCGAAGAGUGGGCCUGUGUUGGGUUUGAAGAGCUUUGACGAGUUCUUUGAAGAGCUCUCUAAUGACUCCGAUAUCAGCAUGAGUAGUGAGGUGAACAUGAAUAGCCUCUAUGAAGACUUCAGUCAGGAGAUCAGUCAAUACCAACCCAUUAAGGACGUUGGCCAAUCCAACCCUGGUGAGUACAAGUGUCCUUACUGUGGGGAGACCUUCCAGCUACCACGUGAUCUGAAAAGACACAAAAAAGACUGUUCCAGAAAGUGCCAUGUGUGUGGGAAAACAACUUCGACGGCAUGUGGCAUGCGAAGGCACAUGUUAAAACACUACAAUGGCCCCAUCAACUGCCCGGUGUGUCCAACGACUUUUGUAUACCAUACUGAUUUGAAGAAGCACCUGAAAACAAAAAAACUUUGUAGGGAGAAAUGUUCUGAUGUGAUGGCGAAGGAAUUACUGUCUUCAGUAGAUGGUAGAUGUAGGACAAAUGUCAAUGAAACAGGAGAAGGGGCAAGUUGUCAACAACCAAGCUCCAGCGACACAGGUGGGCCUUCAAAGAGCAUUGAAGAGUUCUCUCAUGACACGCAGCAAUCCGAUAACAGCAUGAGUAGUGAUGUGAACCUGAAUAGCCUCCAUGAAGACAACAGUCAGGAGAUCAGUCAAUACCAACCCAUUAAGGACAUUGACCAAUCCAACCCUGGUGAGUACAAGUGUCCUUACUGUGGGGACACUUUCCAGCAACCAGAUGAUCUGAAAGGACACACAAAAGACUGUUCCAGAAAGUGCCAGGUGUGUGGGAAAAUAUCCUCGAAGGCAUGUGACAUGCGAAGGCACAUGUUAAAACACUACAACAAUGGCCCCAUCAAGUGCCUGGUGUGUCCAAAGACUUUUAUAUUCCAUACUGAUUUGAAGACGCACCUGAAAACGAAAAAACUUUGUAGGGAGAAAUGUUCUGAUGAGAUGGCGAAGGAAUUACUUUCUUCAGUAGAUGGUAUAUGUAGAAAAACUGUGAAUGAAACAGGAGUCAUGACAAGGUGCCAACAACCAAGCUCCAGCAACACAGGUGGGCCUUCGAAGAGUGGGCCUGUGUUGGGUUUGAAGAGCUUUGAAGAGUUCUUUGAAGAGCUCUCUAAUGACUCCGAUAUCAGCAUGAGUAGUGAUGUGAACCUGAACAGCCUACAUGAAGACUACAGUCAGGAGAUCAGUCAAUACCAACCCAUGAAGGAUGUUGACUUGAAUAUCCUCCAUGAAGACUACAGUCAGGAGAUCAGUCAAUACCACCCCAUGAAGGAUACUGACCUGAAUAGCCUACAUGAAGACUACAGUCAGGAGAUCGGUCAAUAUCAACCCAUGAAGGACGUUGACCUGAAUAGCCUCCAUGAAGUCUAUAGUGACGAUAUCAGUCAAUACCAACCUGUUAAGGACAUUGACCCAAAAGAGGACAGAAUGUCUGUGAAUGAUUCAGGGGUAAAUGAGAUGCCCAAUGACAAAGAACCAAACUCAACCAACGGCUUAACAGGGAAGCAGGUGUCCCAGACUGACCCAAGGCCUCUCCAGGACUCAAUCUGAGCCGAGCAGAGAAGCGAAGAACGAGAUACAGGUUAUACCGGUAUUGACAAUACAUACAACAAUACUAAAAGCCCUGCAAUUUGAGGUUUUAAGAAAAUGAUGAACAGCAACAACUUCUCUAUAUUUCUUUGUUUUUUUUGUAGAUGUUGUUAUUGAUUAGGUUAGGUAUUUAGAGAUGAUAGACAAGAUUCCCACUAGUAAUUACCAGUUGGAGGGGCAUUCAAGUGGAUCUUUCCCAGUCGUAUGUUGGUAUUUACGAAUUUACGAGAUGUUAUGAACGCAGCAUAACCCCAGUGAAAAGUCAGGUGUCUCAGGGGGCGGAGUCUCUCAAGGAGAGUUUUGAGGUAUCCCCAGUUUGUGAAGCUACUCAUGUUCAUAAGAGUGCUGAUGGCAAACCAGAUGGGGAGAAAUAUGAUUUGUGUGGGGACUUAGAGGAAACAUUCUUUGCCAAACUAGAUGGUGGUUCAGGUAAUGGUUCUCCAUAGUGAGAAAGUUUGUGUCUCUAGCAGAGAACUUCUGGGCAGAGAUAUACAGUGCUGUGAAAAAGUGUUUGCCACCUUUAGCUGCAAUGACUCCAACCAAACGUUUCUUGUAGUUGUUGAUCAGUCUCAUGUCGCGGUGGAUGAAUUUUUGCCCACUCUUCCAUGCAGAACUACUGCUCAUUUCAAGUCCUGCCACAACAUCUCAAUUGGGGUUAGGUCUGGACUUUGACCAGGCCAUUGUAAAACUUCAAAUGUGUGGCUUUUUAGCCAUUUUCAUGUAGACUUGAUUGUGUUUUGGAUCAUUGUCUUACUGCAUGACCCAG